AUGGACGUCUUCCGCGUGCGGUUGAAUUGCAUAGAUCACUAUCAAGCGACACCGACGAAAUAUGAUCCGCCGCUGCGAAAUGAUGUCCGAGCAUCGCAACUGCGAAAGGAGCCGAAGGUCCCCGUCGUGAGGGUGUUUGGGUCCACGGAAACGGGGCAAAAAGUAUGCGCGCACAUCCAUGGCGCGUUCCCAUAUCUCUAUGUCGAGUACGAUGGCAGUCUGCUGCCUGACGAUGUUGGUGCCUAUAUCUACCGGCUUCAUCUCUCCAUUGACCACGCCCUGGCUGUGAGCUACCGCCGCAACGUCUAUGAUGGCAACAAUAAGUACGUGGCGAGGAUUACCCUCGCCAAGGGUAUCCCGUUCUAUGGGUUCUACGUUGGGUAUCGGUUUUAUCUCAAGAUCUACAUGCUCAACCCAAUGGUCAUGACCCGACUUUCCGAGCUUCUUCAGCAGGGCGUAAUAAUGAAACGGAAAUUCCAACCCUAUGAGGCGCACCUACAGUACCUGCUGCAGUUCAUGAUCGACUACAAUCUUUACGGCUGUGGGUAUAUCGACACACAAAAGGUGUGCUUCAGGGCUCCAGUGCCAGAGCAUGAGGACGAUGACGACACGACUCAUUUAUGGCACAGCCAGACUGUGUCGAGAGCUUUCAUCACAGAUGAUGCUGAGUUACCUCGCAUGAGCCACUGCUCGAUUGAAGUGGAUAUAUGCGUCCAAGAUAUUCUUAAUCGACACGAGAUUAAGGAGAGGCGGCUUCACCACGAUUUUGUUGAGCGAAAGAACCCAUUGCCGACGGAUAUCAAGCUUGUCCACAGCAUGGCCGGACUGUGGAAAGAUGAGACGAAGCGGCGGAAAAGGAGGAUGUCAAAUCCGGCGCCUGGCAGUGGUCCCUUCCCCGCAGAAGCUCUUAUAUCUAUGUCUGCCGAUCCGCGCAACUCUCAGAUACCUGGAUGGAUCCACGAAGAAGAGUAUCGAGAUGAAAUCCAGGAGCUGGUGCGGCAGGAAAAUGAGCAAAGCAAUGAAAGCACGGUCACGUUCGACUCGUUUGUGCAGAGCGUGCCAUUCGAAUCUACGAUCAACACUCUACUGCAAUCCGUCGAGGACCUAUAUCCUGGUAACCUGAUAUCCGCAUUGGGUAUGACUCAACCUCUUGAAGAUGGGGACAACCUGGUAAGUAGCAUUCUCGUCGACGAAGAUCAAAUCCUUGACACACGAGCCGAUGGAGACGAUCUUUUUCCCGAUGACUCCGACGAGGAUAUGUUGCGGGAUCUGGAAUCAUUGACGAAGGCUUCUGCAGCUGGCAGUAAGCUCCCGCGAAGCAACCGGCCAACGGAUAUGCCCAAGUCAGCGAUUUUACCCGAUGAAGGGGGUGACGGCAAUAGACAAAACAGCGUUGCGUCUCUGAUGUCGAUGGAUAUGAGUAACAGAUUGAACGGAAAUGCCCACCCGGAAGCACUGCCAUCUGGUGUCCUCGCCAGUUGCCAGCGUACCGGAAACCGACCGAAGAUACCGUUCUCCGACGCACUGCUUGAUGCUGCCAAAGACCACGGGUUAAUCAGCAAGGCGCCCCCAAGUGCACAGCCCCGUCAAUCCACCUGGCUGCCUUCCAAGCGCUCUAGCUCACCACUACCGAUAGUGGAAGAACCAAAGCGUCGCCGUGUAGAGUUUGCCCCUAAUUCUGACCUCAUCAUACCAAACGGCGCGGGAAAAGAGACACCGGCGGCAUCUGCUGCUGGUGUUAAGACGCCGCAGCCGACCUCGCAAACAUCUGGAGAGCAAGCCAAGACGGACUCGAGUAAGCGAUCUGGAAGUCAACGCCUGAACUUUCCAGUUGUGAAAGACCCUCAUGAUCCCAAUACGAGACUGCGACUUAGUCAGUCAAGUUCUCAGCAAAGUGGAAGCAGCCAGCCCAAGAAGCAUGUCUCUUUUGAGCCGUGGACCCCUGUGACAGAGAUCUCUACCACCAGCGCAAGCUCGCAUACAACGAAGAGAUGCUCUCUCAGUUCUUCUGCAAGUACAUUGAGGGGGACAGUUUCUAGAAAACCGAUCGACAUUGGGUGCUCUGCUCGACCCCAAGCCCAGUUUUUCGUCCUUGACCAGAUUCCACCUUCUCCGGAAGAAGUAUUGUCGUCUUUGCAAUGCCUCGACCGGCCUGGUGUCAUAUACCAGGACGCAUUCUACAGUAACGACAAAGACGUUCCUCAACGAGUGCGAGAAUACGCCGGUCAAGAAUUUCGUCUCGAGGGCAAUACCCUUCCCUUCCUUCCAGACUUCGACGCAACCGGGGAAUCACAAGCCAAUUUUGGAAUAAAGCCAGACGCACUACUCGACAGCCGAAAGGAUGAUCAAGCGUAUGAGCGGCAGCGUCGUGAUUGUUCACUGCGGAGUUGGGAAAUCGCAGAACCACCGCCGAGCUUCGAGGAUGUGCGAACUUGGUUGGAACAGACCCAGGAUGCGGACAUCUCGACAGAACCCGCCCUGAAAAUUCGUGACCCCGAGCUACAACCGUACAUGUCCCAGAUUGACGGGCCAACCCCGAAAAACAAGCACGGUUUCAAAUAUUCACAGAAGAAGAAGUCGACUAGCGUGCAGCAUGAGGCACAAUACAUGAGCACCAUGAGCUUAGAAAUCCAUGUCAACACUCGUGGGAAGCUCGUCCCAAACCCGGAAGAGGACGAAGUGCAAUGCAUUUUCUGGUGUUCCAAAUCCGACGAGCACUUUGCUACCGGUGACAAUGCUUCAUUGGCAACACGCUCUGGCAUUAUCGUUCUCUCUGAGGAUGGGACCCUAGCACGAACGUUACAGAGGCAGACACCCGUGGAGGUCAUCGAGGAAUCGUUCGAGCUCGACUUGAUGGUUCGUAUGGUUGAAAUCGUUCGGACGCACGAUCCCGACAUUCUCACUGGGUAUGAGGUCCACGGAAACUCAUGGGGCUAUUUGAUCGAACGAGCAAGGUUCAAAUAUGACUACAAUCUCUGUGAUGAGUUCUCACGGAUGAAGAAGCAAUCCUUUGGGCGAUUCGGAAAGGAAGCAGACAAAUGGGGCUUCAACACCACCUCAACGAUCCGAGUCACAGGCAGACAUAUGAUCAACAUAUGGAGAGCCAUGCGUGGAGAGCUGAAUCUUCUCCAGUACACCAUGGAGAACGUGGUCUGGCAUUUGCUACACCGCCGAAUUCCCCAUUAUCCAUGGCGCACUUUGACAGAGUGGUACGUGGGAGGGAAAUACCGCGACCUCAGCAAGCUACUUCGAUACUACCUGAAUCGGACGAAGUUGGAUAUCGAGAUACUUGAGACUAACGAGUUGAUCCCACGAACGAGCGAACAAGCACGCCUCUUGGGUGUAGACUUCUUUUCUGUCUUCUCCCGUGGCUCACAGUUCAAAGUCGAGUCCAUCAUGUUCAGAAUUGCGAAACCCGAGAAUUUCAUGCUUGUCUCACCUGACAGAAAGCAGGUUGGGGGACAGAACGCGCUUGAAUGCCUCCCGCUUGUCAUGGAACCUCAAAGCGCAUUUUAUAACAGUCCACUGAUAGUCCUCGACUUUCAGAGUUUAUAUCCCAGUGUCAUAAUUGCGUAUAACUACUGCUAUUCGACCUUCCUCGGCCGUAUUGUCAAUUGGCGAGGCACGAACAAGAUGGGGUUCUCGGAGUACCGCCGGCAAGCCAGACUGCUGGAGCUACUCAAAGACUACAUCAAUAUCGCUCCCAAUGGGAUCAUGUAUUGCAAGCCAGAGGUUCGGAAGUCAUUACUAGCGAAGAUGCUGACAGAGAUCCUCGAGACUCGUGUCAUGGUGAAGAGCGGCAUGAAACAAGACAAGGAUGACAAGACCCUGCAACGACUUCUCAACAACAGACAGUUGGCCCUGAAGUUGCUUGCGAACGUUACCUACGGUUAUACCUCGGCAUCGUUUUCAGGACGCAUGCCUUGCUCUGAGAUCGCGGACAGUAUUGUGCAGACUGGCCGGGAGACUCUGGAGAGGGCGAUUGCCCUGAUCCAUUCAGUGGACAAGUGGAAGGCAGAGGUCGUGUACGGUGACACCGACAGCUUGUUCAUCUACCUGCCUGGCAGGACCAAGGACCAGGCUUUCGACAUCGGGAAUGAGAUUACCAAGACGAUUACAGACAUGAACCCGAGGCCGAUAAAACUCAAGUUCGAGAAAGUCUACCACCCGUGCCUGCUACUUGCCAAGAAGCGUUACGUGGGCUAUAAGUACGAGAGCAAAGACCAGGUUAAGCCUGACUUUGAUGCCAAGGGUAUUGAGACGGUCAGGAGGGACGGAACGCCUGCCGAACAGAUGAUCGAGGAGAAAGCGUUGAAGAUCCUCUUCGAAACAGCCGAUCUCAGUCAAGUAAAAUCAUAUUUCCAGAAGCAGUGCGAAAAGAUCAUGCGUGGGGCAGUGUCCAUCCAAGACUUCUGCUUUGCAAGAGAGGUCAAGCUGGGCACCUACAGCGACAGAGGCCCACCUCCUCCUGGCGCGCUUAUCAGCACGAAGAAGAUGCUCGAGGACGCCAGGGCAGAGCCUCAAUACGGCGAGCGAGUGCCAUAUGUCGUCAUCAGUGGCGCACCGGGAGCUCGUCUCAUCGACCGUUGUGUAGCACCUGAAGAACUACUCAGCAACUCACAUCUUCGGCUCGAUUCGGAAUACUACAUCUCAAAAAACCUCAUUCCACCUCUGGAGCGAAUCUUCAACCUAGUCGGAGCGAAUGUCCGUCAGUGGUACGAUGAGAUGCCCAAAGUACAGCGCAUUCACCGCGUGGGCCCGACCUACGAAAACAUAUUUGCGAAGAAGACGCUCGAGUCCUACAUGAAGGCGGCAGCGUGUCUCGUCUGUCACACGAAGACCAAGAACGAGGGAUCCAUCUGCACAAGAUGCAGAGCAAACGCGCCUGCUUCCCUGCUGAAGCUGCAGACGCAGAUCAACGGGGAGGAGAGGAAGCUCCUGGACGUGACGAAGAUCUGCCAGAGCUGUGCCGGUCUUGCGCCCCUAGACAGCGUGCCUUGCGACAGCAAAGACUGCCCCGUCUUCUAUACGCGCAUGAAGCAGGCAGCGCGGUACAGAGCGGAGAAAAAUGUUGUUGAGCCAGCUGUGAAGCAGAUAUUGGAUGGCACGGUUGCGGUUGAAGACUUGCAAUGGUGA